AUGACAGACAUAGCUAGUUCAUCAGCUCAAGCACAACAGCAGCAAGAACCACCAAUGGCCGAGGAACUCCUGAAGGCAGCCACAUGUGGUGAGACAGACACUAUGAGGAUGUUGAUUCCGGCUUUCAGUGACCCGGAAACCACGCCAGUAUUCAUGGCCUCAGAUCUUGGUGGAACAACUCCAGCGGGGAACACAUGCGUCCACAUAUCCUGCAUUCAUGGCCACAUUGUAUUCUGCAUGCUGGCGCUGCAAGUAGACCAGUCUCUCCUCUCAAAGGUUAAUCACGAGGGUGAGACACCACUUGUCAUUGCUGCGGCACACGGGCAUGCCAAUUUGGCUUCUCUUUUACUCAAACGCUGCAAUGACCUAGGACUGCAAGACACAAUCUUGUGUCAUGACAAAGAUAAAUCUAACGCACUGCACCACGCCAUCCGCAAUGGCUCCAUGGACCUUGCAAUACAGUUGUUAGAAGCGGCGCCUGCUCUGUCGCGCCAUGUAAACAUAUACCGUGAGUCACCCAUGUUCAUGGCUGUAAUGAGAGGUUUUAGAGAUAUUGCCUUGCAACUACUGGAAAUCUAUGAUUCUUCUCAUGCGGGCGGUUUUUGCCGCCAUGCUCUUCAUGCCGCAGCUAAAAAUGGGGAUCAAGUUAUUGCUGCACAAAUUAUGAAGAAACAUCCUCAACUAGCACGAAUAGCCGACUCAAACGAGGAUACUCCAAUAAGACUUGCCGUCUGUUACAACAAGGUUGGCGUGCUGCGGGAAUUUCUGCAACAUGAUAUUUCAUUAGGGUAUGAAGUAAACAACCAAGGUUUUACUCUCCUUACUAGUGCUGCAACUCGAGGUCAUGUUGGUGUUGCUCGAGAGCUUCUUAACCAUUGUCCAGAUGCUCCUUAUCGCCAUGUACACCAUCAAGAAUUGACAUGCCUUCAUUCAGCUGUACAAAAUGGCCAUACGAAGUUUAUUGAGUUUAUCCUCCAGACACCGCAACUUCAGCGUCUCGUUAAUAUGCAAGACAGCAGCGGAAGAACCGCUCUACAUUACGCAGUCGAGAGGUGCAAUCCCAGAACAGUUGCUGCUUUAUUGUCUUGCAAGGGUAUAGACACAACAAUAUUUGACACUCAUGGUGAAUCCGCUGCUUCCCUCUUGUCAGGCAUCACCAGUCACGAGAAGAAUUUGGACUGGAAGGAGGUGCAGGUGCUUAUGUUGAAAGCUGAUCCCAAAGAUGAUGACAUCCCUUCAGAUAAUCUUCACAAGGAGGUUAAGCAACAGGAAACUAUUGAAUCGAUAAAGGAGAGGAAGUCAACAACUCAAAGAUACACAACAAACACGUCAUUAGUGGCGAUCCUCCUUGCGACAAUCACCUUCACCGCUGCUUUCACUUUGCCUGGAGGAUACAACAGUGAUCCCGGUAGCGAGGGAAUUCCCAUCAUUUCUAAAAAGGCCGCAUUUCAAGCAUUCCUAAUCUUUGACACCUUAGCAAUGUGCUCUGCAUUUGUUGUCGCCGUCAUAUGCCUCAUGGGAAGAUGGGAGGAUGAUAGGUUCACAAGUUAUUACAUCACCGUUACUAAGAGGCUUACUUGGUUUGCGUACAUGGGAACACUUGCGGCUUUUGCAGCUGGUUUAUACACGGUGCUAUCUUCUCGUCGCCACUGGAUGGCCAUUGGGAUUUGCCUUUUGGUAGGUUUUUGCCCUUGUCUGACUUGGCUCAUAAGUAAAUGGCCUAUCUUGAAGCUCAAUUAUUGGUUGGGUAAACGUUGGUUCUCCAUGUUGUUUGGCGAUUACAGGGUGUGUCAACCUUCCAGCUCUGUUUUCCGUGACAUGGUCUGA